GAAGACCCCUCUCUUCCCCCCUCUCUUCUGGUACUCAUCACACACCUCGCCUCCUCCAACUCAGCAGAUCAUGAGUGAGAAGAUAACCAACCGGACAGACAACAGCAACAACAACAACAACCGCCGAAACGCUACUGCCGCCCAUUCUGGCCUCGAUACCAUUGCCGAGAAGCAGAAUAAAAAUGUAUCCCGAUCCGAUACGAAGGAUACGGCCACUUCUCAAUCCCUGCCCUUCCCACCUCAUACGAUCGAGUCGUCCAAAGUCCUGGAAGCACUUCAUUCGGAUGCAUCCAGAGGUUUGAGCGAGGGAGAUGCUUCGAAUCGAUUCGAGAUACAUGGACCCAAUCGGCUCAAACCGCCUCGUCGACCGAAAAUUUGGAAUAUUCUCUUGAGACAGGUGUCUAAUGCCAUGACGGUGGUACUGAUUGCCGCCAUGGCCGUUUCGUUGGGAACCAUGGACUGGAUCAGUGGUGGAGUCAUUGCGGCUCUAGUGAUACUCAAUGUCUCUGUCGGGACUUAUACAGAGUGGCAAGCCGAAAAGACUGUGGCAUCACUCGAAUCUGUUGGCGCACCUCAAGCUACGAUCGUUCGACACUCCAAUAACUCAUCCUCAGAUGUGACCACUAAGAUCGUACCCGUUGACGAAGUGGUCCCGGGAGAUAUCAUCGAACUCAAGAUUGGAGAUAUCGUCCCUGCCGAUGCUAGAAUCCUCCAAGGCCACUUGAGCAACCUAGAAUGUGACGAAGCAUUCUUGACGGGAGAAUCACUCCCCGUGCAGAAGCAAGUCGAGCCGAUCGACGAGGAGGACUGCCCAGUAGGCGAUCGGAUCUGCCUCGUCUUCUCUGGCUCUCAAGUCACCAAAGGACGAUGCAGAGCAGUCGUGUUCAGCACGGGAAUGAACACCGAAAUCGGAAAAAUCGCUCAAGCCUUAGCCGCUAAGGGUGAGAGAAAAGAAAGAGGCUUCAAGGCCUUCUGGUACAAAAUUCAAGUCGGCCUGGGACUCAAAGAAAACACCCCUCUUCAGAUCAAGCUCAACAAGCUGGCGUACUUUCUCCUUGGAGCUGCCAUCCUCAUUGCCAUCAUUGUCGUCGCUUCAACUGGUUUCCGAAGCAUUCCCUUGACCGUUGCGACUUAUGCCGUCGCUGCAGCUGUCUCCAUCCUUCCUGCCAGUCUCGUCGCAGUCGUCAGUCUCACAUUGGCCACUGCCUCGACGGAUCUGGCCAAGCGAAAUGCCUUGGUCAGACGAAUGGACGCCAUUGAAGCACUCGCAGGAGUUCACAAUGUUUGUUCAGACAAGACAGGUACAUUGACUGUCGGCCGGAUGGUCGUCCGUAAAUUUUGGGUUCCUGUACUCGAUUCUCGACCGUCCGCCUCUGCCCCUGUCGAAACCAAGCAUGGCCAAGCUUACUCUUUGGAAACUGGGGCAGACCCUUUCUACCCACGAGGGGAAGUCAAGGCGGAUCUCGACCCCAUCGUCCCCGUCGGAUCGACCCUGGACCUGGGUCGCACGCCUCCGAAACGUGAAGGAACACAAGACCAAGUUGACGCUGAAGACUUGGUCGUCCACCAUGAAUCCCUUGAAUCCGGCCUUCGAUCGUUGGUGCUUUGUGCUUCCCUCUGUAACACUGCGUCACUCAACAGACCGACUGGGGAAGAAGGUCAAUGGGAAGCCAACGGAGAUCCAACAGAGAUCGCCCUUCAGGUCGCAGCUCAUAAGCUCGGUCACGGAAAACCAUUCCUGACUCACUCCAAAUCACCACUGGCACGAACCAUGUCUGCCGCUUCCAGAGUCUCUCGACCUCCUGUCGCGGGACAAGAUGGUCAUUACGAGCUCAUCGUUGAACACCCAUUCGACUCGACCGUCAAGAGAAUGUCUAUUGCUUACAGCUUUGUCCCUGACUCUGGCACCUCGUCCUCCAAAGCACACGUCCUGUGCUUCCUCAAAGGAGCCGUCGAGCGAGUGCUUGAGCGAUGCACUCACGUUGGAGACCAACCCAUCACCGAGGAGAUCAAGACGGAUAUCAUUGCCAAAGUCGACGCGUUGGCCAGUCAAGGUCUGAGGGUCUUGUCUUUGGCCGGAAAACGUCUUCCACGAACCGACCCUGAGACUAUAAAAGCUAUUCCACGAGACGAAUUCGAAACUGGGUUCACGUUCUAUGGACUCGCUGGAAUCUUUGACCCACCCAGAAAAGAAUCUGCUGGAGCCGUCGCAGACUGUCUGCGAGCCGGUAUUACGCCAAGAAUGUUGACUGGUGACCACCCAGCCACUGCAACUUCAAUAGCCCUCAGCAUUGGAAUCCUCGACAAGGCGUACUCAAAGACUGCCGUUAUGACGGGUCAGCAAUUCGACGCACUUUCCAAUGAUGAGGUGGACAAGUUGGAAGAAUUGCCUCUCGUUGUCGCUCGAUGUGCGCCAGAGACUAAAGUCCGAAUGGUCGAUGCGAUUCACAGAAGAGGACAAGCAACGGUUAUGACAGGUGAUGGAGUCAACGAUGCACCUUCGCUCAAACGAGCCGAUGUCGGAGUCGGUAUGGGAACUGGAAGUGAUGUCGCCAAGCAAAGUUCAAACUUGGUAUUGGCCGAUGACAACUUUGCAACGAUCUGCAGAGCCAUCCGAAAAGGCCGUUCAGUGUUCAAAAACUUGGCAAAGUUCCUCUUGUACCUGCUAUCCGGCAACGUUGCUGAAAUAGUUGUUCUGCUCAUCGGGCUUGCCUUCCAAGACGAGAACGGACAAGCUGUGUUCCCCUUGUCUCCCGUUGCUGCCCUCUGGAUCAACACCAUUGCCGCCGGUCCACCUGCACUCGCACUUGGACUCGAACCGACCGCCGUAGACGCCAUGGACCAGCCGCCAUCUUCAUUCCAAGAGAUCUUCAACCUAGAAUUUUACAUUGAUCUUGCGUUCUACGGUCUCUUGAUGGGCGCUCUGGCUCUAGUCAACUUUGUUAUCGUUCUCUGGGGUUACUAUCCUGGAUACUUGGGUCGAUACUGUAAUGAAGGAGAUGCCGACAUUUGUGAUCCCGUCUUCCAGGCUCGAGCAACUUGCUUCGCUACGCUUAUUAUCAUCUUGAUGAUUCACGCCCUCGAAUGCAAACACUUCUCUAAAGGUCUCUUCCAGGUCAACCUGAGAGACAACAAGGUCUUGCUGUGGUGUGCGAUUGUCUUGAUGCUUUUGACUUUCCCCGUGGUCUACAUCCCCGUGAUCAACAACAAGGUCUUCCUCAUUGGCUCCCUCGGAUGGGAGUGGGGCAUCAUUUUCGGAAUGAUCUUUGUCUAUCUCGCCUCGACUGAAGCGUACAAAUGGGGCAAGCGAGUCCUCGCACGCCGCAGGACCCCUGUGGAGCCUCAGCGUGGUCCGGGGGACAAGACUUUGAGACUGGAAAAGACAAUCAGGGAUGGAGAAGUGGUAUAGAUGUAGAUGUAAACAAUAAGACUACAGGUGACGCUUUUAAUGAGGUGUUCUCCAUAGGAGACAUGACUUGAGCCAUGCAAAGUGUACAAUGUAA